AAACCCCAAAUCGUAAUCGAUUUGAGCCUCCACACACUCUCAAAAUUGAAAAUUGUCAUCUUUUUAUUUUCUGAAUCUUCAAAACACAAAACACAUGGAGGGGAAAGGGAAAGGCUUGGCGAUGCAAUUCGAGAUCGCUUUAUUUGCUUCAACGUCAGCUACGAGGGAUGGAAUACAGGCAGAGUGGUAUACCAUUAAGGUCCCAGAUCCUGAGUGUAUUUUUCUUCAUUCCGUAACUACCGUCGAGAAACCGCUCCGUCCGUUUUCUAAAGUCUGGUUAGCUUGCGCAUACAGAGAACAUGCAGUGAUAGGGUCCCGUCUGUACUCUCUUGGCGGCAUGAAUCCUGAUUCUGAACCUUUCGCCGGCGUAACUACCCCCGAAUUCGCUCGUUUUCUUAAAGUGCGCAGCUUUGACCUUAGCACUCCUGAUGAUGGUUGGAAACCUGUUGCUACCAUGACUUUUCCUAAGAGGUUCGAACCUCCCUGCCUCGUCCUCGACGAUAAGUUAUAUGUGUUAGGUAGCGUUUCUGCUUCAGAAGUAGAAGCAAAAGGGUAUGGCUGGAUGGAGGUUUAUGACCCCGAUUCAAAUACAUGGGAACCCUUGCCCAAUCCUCCUCUUGGGUUUUCACUCUCGGCUCGUUCUCUUGCUUAUUACGCUACUCUCGAUUCCAAAAAACAGAUUCUUGUUGCACAACAUGAUCCUGCUUAUUACGCUACUCUCGAUUCCAAAAAACAGAUUCUUGAUGAAGAUGCGAGUUUGUUUGCUACUUUCUAUGUUUAUCAUGUGAUCGAUCGAUGUUGGACAUUACUUGAGCCUCCCAAACGCAAGCUACGUCCUUAUUAUCAUGACCCGGUUCGUGGAAGACGAAGUACUAUUGUUGAUAACACUAUCUAUUGGGGUUUCGUUCUAGAUGGGAUUGUCCGCGUACAGUCUCACGAUAUAGAUACGGAUCUGUACUUCCACGGACGUUUGGACAUUAAGCGAUUUUUUGAGGAUGGUGAAUUUGCAGUUGAGAAUUGUCCGAAGUUACCUUUGCUCCAUGUAGCUGAUCAGACAUUCUGUCUUUUAAUGUUCACCUUUGUUGCUAAAAUGGAAGAGGAAGACAGUGGGGAAGACAGUGAUAUCGAACUUUUUGAAGACAAUGGUAUCAUAUUUCUUAAUUGUAUUGUACUUGAUAUCUCUCUAAAUCUAUUUAAAGAUGAGGGCAAGCAACAGUCUAAAGAAGAGUUCGAUGAAAUUUAUAAAUAUCAUUUCAUGGGGGAUUCCAGUAAACAGCUUAAUAUUUCCCUUGUGUCCGUCCAAAAGUAUCCCGUGCGUAAUGGUAGCUUCUGGCUCAAUGAUGCUGUGUUGCUGGAUUGCCCAACUUAUAUGCCAAUGAAGAAGACACCAAAGUUAUCACAUGAAACAAGUGUAAUGAUUAAAGAUAAUUUAAGGUUGUAGGUUGUUUUCUUGAAGAUUAUAUGCAUUAAGAAACAGAUAUAUACUA